AUGACCACCCUCAACAAAGAUGACACCCCUCCCAAACUCGAAAUCAUCUCCCUCGGCCUCGCCCGCACCGCCUCCCUCUCCCUCUCCCAAGCCCUCAAAACCCUCGGCUACCACCCCGUCUACCACUCCGUCGAAGCAACCUUCUCCCGUCCCCGCGACGGCAAAAUCUGGCUCGAACUGAUCCGCAAGAAAUUCCACCACCACCAACCCAUCACCAAACACGACCUCGACCGCGCCACCGCGGGCAUCCAAGCGGGCACCUCGGCACCCUACUGGGCGUUCUGGCACGAACUCAUGACCUACUACCCGGACGCGAAGAUCAUCCUCGCGGAGCGCGAGUACGAGGCGUGGAUGUCGAGUUUCGUCCCCAUCGUCGAGAAUUUCAUCUAUUCCUGGCGCGGCUUCUGGCUGUACUGGUUCGCGCAGCCGGUGCUGGGUCGCUGCGAUAUGGCGCUUAUGGCUGAGAAUAUGAAGGGGUAUUUCGAUGCGCCGACCCUGCAGGAUAUUCAGCGGAAUGCGAGGAGGGUGCAUGCGGAGCAUCAUGAGGGGAUUCGGCGGUUGGCGAGGGAGCAGGGGAGGGUGGUGCUGGAGUGGAGGUUGGGGGAGAGUGGGUGGGGGGAGUUGUGUGCGUUUCUUGGGAAGGAUGUGCCAGUAGGGAAAGAGUUUCCGAAGGGAAAUGAGAGGAGGGUUUUGGUGGAGGGGAUUCGGAGGAAUGCGAGGGGGCAGAUUUGGAGGGCGGUGGGGAGGGUUGGGUGGUGGGUAGGUGUUUUGGGGGUUGGUGUUGGGGCGGUGGUUUGGGUGUGGAGGAGAUGA